AUGCAGCAGAAAGUAGCCGCUGGUCUCUGGAGUCUAAGGCCGUCCUCCUGUUCGUCCCGCGCCGCCGCAUUGCCUACCUCCCCCCUCCACCCUUCCGGCCUCCUCCUCCCACCGCAGCGGCGGCCGCCGCCUCACCGUUUCAUGUCCAGGCUCCUGCCCCGCAUCACCGCGCUCCCAGGCCGUCGCCGCAGCCACAACCCGAUCCCGCCCGCCCUCGCGGAGUCGCUCGCGCGGGUCCUCGCCAACCGCUCUACCAAUCCGGCCUGGGCCCGCUCCCUCGCCGCGCUCCUCCCCUCCCCGCUCUCAGACGGCAGCCUCGCCGAUGCCGUCGUCUCCCUGCGCGACCCCGACCUCGCCCUAGCGCUCCUCUCCUGGUCCCGCUCCCACUCCGGCAGCCGCCACCAUGACGCCGACAAACUCCCGCCGCCCACGCCUAUCGCGCAUUCCGCCCUCCUCCGCCUCCUCGCCCGCUCCGGCCGCUUCGACGCCGUCGACUUCACGCUCCAGGACAUGUCUCUCGCGGGCGUCGCGCCCACGUAUGCUUGCCUCGGCGAGCUUGUGGCUGCCUACGCCAACGCCGGGAUCGAAACGAAGGCCACCGAGAUGUGCGAGCGCGUCAGGGGGCAGUAUGGAAUGCUCCCUGCGGCGAUCCACAGCAACUGCCUGCUCAGACUCCUUGUGGAGCGGCGGCAGUGGGACGACGCCCACAAGCUGUAUGACGAAAUGCUUGCUAAGGAAGGUGGCGCGGAUGAUUACAGCACAUGUGUGAUGGUCCGGGGCCUUUGCUUGGAAGGGCGGGUCGAGAAGGGUGUGAAGUUGAUUGAGGCGAGGUGGGGGGCAGGGUGCGUGCCAAAUACUGUGUUCUAUAAUGUCUUGAUCGAUGGGUAUUGUCGACGCGGCGACAUGGGUAGGGGACUGUUGCUCUUGGGUGAGAUGGAAAUGAAGGGGAUAUUGCCAACUGUGGUAACAUAUGGAACUCUUAUGAGCUGGCUCGGGAGGAAGGGUGAUCUUGAGAAGGUUACCUAUUUGCUGUCAGAGAUGCGGGAAAGGAGACUGUCCCCCAACAUCGAGAUUUAUAACAGUGUCAUCGAUGCUUUGUGCAAAUGCCGGUCUGCACCACAGGCAAUGGUAGUCUUGAAGCAGAUUUUUGCAAGUGGCUGUGACCCUGAUGUCAUCACUUUUAGUACUUUGAUAUCUGGGCUCUGCCGGGAAGGGCGUGUUCAAGAGGCUGAGCGUCUGUUGAGGGAGGCCAUUAGGAGGGAGGUAAACCCAAAUCUAUUCAGUUAUACGUCAUUGAUUCAUGGCUUCUGCAUUAGAGGACAAGUGAUGGAUGCAUCCAAUUUGCUUAUGGAAAUGAUGGAAAGAGGGUAUACUCCUGAUGUGGUCACAUUUGGAGCCCUGAUUCAUGGUCUUGUUGUUGCUGGGCAAGUCAGUGAGGCAUUGCUUGUCCGGGAGAAGAUGACAGCGAGACAGCUUCUCCCUGAUGCUAACAUAUAUAAUGUACUGAUUAGUUGCCUAUGCAAGAAACAUAUGCUCCCUGCAGCUAGAAACCUUCUAGCAGAGAUGCUCGAGCAAAAUGUCCACCCUGAUAAAUUUGUUUACACCACAUUGAUUGAUGGGUUCAUUAGGAAUGAGAGUCUUGACGAGGCAAGGAAAGUAUUCGAAUUCAUGGAACAAAAGGGUGUCCGCCUUGAUGUUGUUGGCUAUAAUGCUAUGAUAAAAGGAUACUGUCAGUUUGGAAUGCUGGAUGAGGCAAUUGUAUGCAUGAACAACAUGAGAAAGGUGAGGUGUAUCCCAGAUGAGUUUACAUAUUCCACUCUUAUCACUGGCUAUGUUAAACAAGGCAAUAUGGGUGGAGCUCUAAGGUUACUGUGCGAAAUGACGAAAAGGAGAUGCCAACCAAAUGUUGUUACAUACUCAUCAUUAAUAAAUGGAUACUGCAAGCUAGGUGAUACAGAUACUGCAGAAGAUAUAUUCGCAGACAUGCAACUUGAAGGUCCAUUCCCCAAUGUGAUAACUUAUACCAUUUUAAUUGGUAGCCUGUUUAAAAAAGAUAAAGCGAUGAAAGCUGCUGCAUAUUUUGAACACAUGCUGAUUAAUCAUUGUGCUCCUAGUGAUAUUACGUUGCAUUGUUUAGUUACUGGUCUCACUAACUCUAUGGCUUGUAUCGUCAGUUCAAACUGCAGUGGUACUGUUAAGAUGCAUGACAAGGGUGCUCUUUUAGACAUAUUCAGGGGUUUGGUUAAUGGCAAAUGGGAUCCAGGGAAUGCAGCAUACAAUGCUAUUAUUUUCAGCCUAUGCAGACACAAUAUGCUUCGUAACGCAUUGGACAUAUUAAAUAAGAUGGCUAACAAAGGCUACUCACCGGACUCUGUCACUUUCAUUGCACUUCUUUAUGGAUUUUGUUCUGUUGGCAAAUCAAGGGAUUGGAGGAGCAUCCUACCUAAUGACUUUCGGCCAGAUCAACUUGAGAUAGCCUCUGGGUACAAAAUACUGUUUGAUCAAUAUGUAGCAAAGUCAGUUGGUUGUGAAGUCUCUAGUGCUCUGCGGUUGUAUCUUGAAGAAUGUAGAUCCUUAAAACAAAUGGAGCAUAAAUUUACUUGUUCCUGA